UCGGAGAGAAGUGAGGAGCGGCGGCGCGUGCUCAGGUUCCUCAACGAGAGCCUGGACGAGGAGCUGCAGCAGCGCGUCAAGUUCUUCCUGGCGGCGCUGUCGCUGUACCAGCACCCGCUGUACGCGCGCAUGACCAACCACCUCAACGAAACGCCCGCGGUGCUGCCCACGUGCGAGGAGCUGUUCCUGGGGUGCGACUGGCGCGGGCGCGACGUCAACUGCUGCGAGGAGUUCCAGCUGCAGCGCUACGAGGGCGGCUUCUGCUACUCCUUCAACUCCCUCACCUCCGAGCGACGCAAGCACUGGCAAGCGAUCCUACCUCUUUGCUCUAGCUCCCCAGCUACGCAGCCCCGGUCAAAGCUAAACUUCUGCCCCUCAUUCUACAUAAAUGGAAAAUACAUUUAC